CAAUGAACAGUCUUCGAUUGAUUCCGAGGGAUACACGACAAAGUACAAGAUCGAAUCGUGAUCCGAACUUUCAUUUGAUUAUUUCGUUUUGCUUUGUUUUUCGUUGUCAUUAUAUUGUACUUCUUCUUCUUCUUCAAAAUGUUUUCAUAUUUUGUCUUUUUGCUCACCAUUGUUACAUUCUUUCAUUUGAUUAUUUCGUUUUGCUUUGUUUUUCGUUGUCAUUAUAUUGUACUUCUUCUUCUUCUUCAAAAUGUUUUCAUAUUUUGUCUUUUUGCUCACCAUUGUUACAUUCAUGUCAUUUGCAUAUCUCAUUCGUUUAUCAUCACAUUGUAUUUUAAAACCUUGUCACUCUUGUAUUACAUUCUAAAACUUGUUUACAUUUUUUCUUUUCUUUCUUUCUUUUACAUUAUCUUAUGAGGUCAAAGUCCUUCUUUAUAUCGGUGGCUGUCAAUUCUUUUCGCUAUCUUGUAGAUAGCAAACUCCACCACCCUCUUCAUUCAGAAUGAUGC